AUGGCUACCGAAUACAAGCUCAAGGGGCUUACCAGCAUUGACCUGAAGAAUGGUCAGAAGCAAGAAGUCGAGGUCGACGGCAUUGAGGGUGGAAAGAUCCUGCUGGCCAAGGUCAAGGACCAGGUUCACGCCAUGAGUGCCAACUGCACUCACUACGGUGCUCCUUUGGUCAAGGGUGUUCUCACAGGCGAGGGCAGAAUCACCUGCCCAUGGCACGGAGCCUGCUUCAAGGUCUCUACUGGUGACGUCGAAGAUGCCCCAGCACUUGACCCUCUGGCCAAGUUCGAGGUCUUUGAGCGUGACGGUGCCGUCUACAUCAAGGGCGAGGAGAAGACGAUCAAGGCCAACAGACGCCAGCUCAACAUCAAGUGCCGCAGCGUAAAAGACAAGGAUCACGUCGUUGUCAUUGGAAGCGGAAGUGGUGCUCUCGGUGCCAUCGAAGGCCUCCGUGGUGGCGGCUACCAGGGCAAGAUCACCGUCGUCUCCCGCGAGAACGCCCAACCUCUCGACCGUACCAAGCUCUCCAAAGCUCUCAUCACAGACCAGUCCAAGAUCGAGUGGCGUUCAAUGGAAUUCUACAAGGAGGCCUCAGUCGAGUUCACCUGGGGCAACGUCACCAAGGUCGACUUCAACAACCGUUCCGUCGAGACUGACGAUGGCAAGAAGGUCAACUACACCAAACUCAUCAUGGCUUCCGGUGGUACUCCCAAGUGGCUGCCCAUGGAUGGCCUGAAGGGUGACCUCGAGAACGUCUUUGUUCUUCGCGCCCUUCCCCACGCUCAGGGCAUCAUGAAGGCUGCUGGUGAGGAUGGCGGCAAGAAGGUCGUAGUCGUCGGUAGUUCCUUCAUCGGCAUGGAGGUCGGCAACUGCCUCGCUAGCAUGAAGCACGAUGUCACUAUCGUCGGUAUGGAGGAAGAGCCAAUGAUGACCGUCAUGGGCAAGGAGCUCGGAAAGACUUUCAGAGGCCUGCUCGAAAAGAACGGUGUCAAGUUCAAGCUCAGCGCAGAGGUCGAAGGUGCUAAGCCUUCCGAGUCCGACUCGAAGAAGGUCGGCUCAGUACAGCUCAAGGACGGCACCAACCUUCCUGCAGACCUUGUCAUCGAGGGUGUUGGUGUCAGACCCUCGACCGACUACCUCCAGGACGUAAAGGAGAUCAAGCUCAACAAGGAUGGCUCAGUCAACGUCAACGAGUCAUUCCAGGUUGAGGGUCUCAAGGACGUGUUCGCCAUUGGUGACAUUGCCACUUACCCCUACCACGGACCUGGAGGCAACGGCAAGCCCGUUCGCAUCGAGCAUUGGGACGUUGCUCAGAACGCUGGUCGUUCGGUCGCCGGCACGAUCAAUGACCCCUCAGCACCUCCCAAGUCAUUCAUCCCCGUCUUCUGGUCUGCUCUCGGUGCUCAGCUGAGAUACUGCGGCAACACACCCAAUGGCUACGACGACGUCAUCAUCCAAGGCGAGACAGACGCACAGAAGGGCCCCAGCUUUGUCGCAUACUACCACAAGGGAGAAGAGAUUGUUGCCGUUGCCUCCAUGAUGAAGGAUCCUUACAUGACGCAAAGUGCUGAGCUGAUGAGACGCAAGAAGAUGCCCAGCAAGAGCGAGAUCCUGAAGGGCGUGGAUAUCUUGGGGGUAGGAAUUCCUUCGGAAAUCAAGAUCUAA